AUGAGGCUUAAAUAAAUUUUAAAAUAUCGAUAAUUGUGUAGAGUGACUUAGAAACCGACAAUUGCCGAGUAUAAUUCCGAGUAUCGACGAAUGGAAUUGUUACUAUAAUGAUUAUUGCAUAGAGACAAGAGCCCUCUGGAUUAAAACGUUUCGUGGCUCUGGCGAGAGUAUCCGAAUGUACAGGCAGCCAUUUUUAAACUGCUCACCUGCAACAAGAGUAGAGAGACAAGAAGAGACAUGGACGUUAAUGUAAAUUUCCAAUGGUUAUUCACGUAAAAUUUUAAUAAUAAUAGUAACAAUUACUAAUAAAUUUUAUUUUUUAUUUAUAAUAACUGUGGGUGAUUUUAUUGUACAGUGACUCGAUUACAAAUUUAUAUGACAAAAAUUAUAUAUAUAUAUAUAUAUAUAUAGAUAUAUGGAUAGAUAGAUAUAUAGGCAUACAUACAUACAUAUAUAUCUAUAUAAAAAGUCGUGAUUGAGAAGGAAAGACAACACGGAUUUAUGAGCAAAGUGAGACAGAGGAGGGUUAACAACUGGAAGUGAGAAAAAGAGAAAUAAAAGUGAGAAGUUGGUCUGGGCUAAAUAACUAACUACCAAGGGGGCCCUGUGAAUUUUUAUUCCAGUCGAAAUGGUGGACUGUCAACAUCUUGUAAUAAUUCAAAAAUGUUAAUUAUUAGUGAUAACUUUAUAAAAUGUGCGAAUAGACUUUGACUAACAGCUUUGGGGCAUUGAUUAUUUUAUUUUAUUUUUUUUUUUUUUCUUCAAGUAUUUAAUAUAAUAUUUAUUUUGGAGUUGUGAUAUUAAAUGAUCGUCGUAAUUAUCUUAUAAUAUAAUAUAAAAGUAAUAAUUAUAAUUAAAAUAAUAAUAAUAAUAAAAAAUAAUAACAAUAAUUAUAAUAAGAAACGUCGUGGUUAAUGUCAUCGUUAUCGUAGUUGUUGUCGUGAUCGUGAUCGUCAUAACCGUUGACGUCUUAAAAGUAAAAUAGUAAAGACGCAAAUAUGUCACUUUUAAUAAUAAUAUGGAUAAGAGAGAGUAUGUAUUUUACAGAGAUAGAGACUGAGAAAUGUUAAGUUCCGUCAAUAAUGGGAGAUAAUGUGCCCAGAAAAUCGCACAAGCUGUCGGACGUUAAUAAAAAAAUACCAAACGCAAUUAAUCGUACGACAACGGAGACUAUGAGACUUGGUGAGCCAGACAGAACACACCCGGCGUUGGGUCUGUCUGUGCCUAGCAACAUUACGCCGAGCAGUCAGUGCAAGAAAAAAACAUCAUCCUUUCAAAUAACUAGCGUCACUGUUGGCACCCGUAUGAGUAAUGACGCCGGUGAAGAUUCAAACGAUGAUCUUGAUGAGUCACACGGCGAAGAUACAUCUAUUGAGUUAUCAAGAAUUACGGAUAUUGAAACCCCGAGCUAUUCCGAAGACACAUUUUCAAAGGAGGAUGUUUUUUUUAAUGCCAGUAAUGCUGCUCUAAGUACUGCACCCGUUAUUCCAACUAGUUCACAGUACGGACUUGCCAUAGUACCGUCCGAAGGUGGUAAUGUUAAUAAUUCAACAAACGACACAAAUAUUAAUUCACUUGAUAUUGCCUCUGUUACUGAUAAUAACAUUAUUAAUUUGUUAUCGAGUACCGCUAAACAGGACACGGAUAUCCGGGAGGUACAUUCACAUGGACGUAAUGAGAGAUUCAAAGUUGUUAAAAUCGAAAGCACGGAACCUUUUAAACGGGGUCGAUGGACGUGCAUGGACUACCUUGAUCACACUAAUUCGGUUAAUCAGUCGAAUGCCAUUGGUACACCCAAAGUAUCCGAUCCAAAUGAAGUAUGUAUAUCGUAUGGUGUCACGGACGGUGGGAUUAUUGCACUAGAUCCGUCCAAGUCUUUGACCACUGAAGAUAAUGGCAUUAUCAAUGUCGAUAUGAAUGGACACGCGACACAUCAAGAUAUUAUUAGCUCUAUGAUUUCAAAUACUGUUGCUACUUCUGCUCCAUCUUCUUCUUCUAUUGUUAAUCCUAAUGCUAAUGUUGCUGCUACUGCUGCUGCUGUUGCUUAUUCUGUUAGUAAUAAUUCUUUACCACAGAAUGUCCAGCGUACUGUUGCACCCGUUCAACAGCCUACUCAGAUACCCCAAUACUUCCAAUCAUCACCGCAGCAGCAACACCAGCAGCAGCAGCAACAGCAACAACAACAACAACAACAACAACAACAUCAGCAGCAACAACAACAACAACAGCAGCAACAACAACAACAACAGCAGCAACAACAACAACAACAACAACAACAACACCAACAACAACAUCAGCACCAUCAACAUCCACAUCAACACCAACCACAAGGUGGUCAACAGCAACAACAAGGUUCGACGUUACCUGCUAAUUUGCAAAAUUCACAUCCUAAUAAUUUAGGACAACCUCAGAGUAUGCCUCAAGGUUCUAUUCCUAUUAUUACUCAGACUAAUAAUAACAAUGUGACGCCACAACAAACUAUAAGUCAUACGAAGGAGGAUAAUACGUAUGUAACAGUAAGCUCGCAAAAUCAAUCUAUGCCAGGUCAAAAUGUUUGUCAACCGUCAGUACAAUCAUCGACACCAGGUUCCCAGGCUACUAAUAUCCUCGUAACACAACACCAGCCUCAGCAACAAACUCAACCCCAGCCUCAGCAGCAGCAGCAACAGCAACAGCAGCAGCAGCAGGGGCUGCAAGCGCCGACAUCGAUGACUCAAAUUUCCGAGCCAAUCAACACCUUGCAGAAUAUCCAGGGCAUGCAGGGUAUCCACAGUGUUCCUCAGACAAGUAUACAACAACCGACUUCAACAAUUCAUGUUCCUGGUGGUCCUCUUCCUACGCAAGUGAUUCCUCCGACGGCGAUGCAACAGCCACAACCAGCAGCUGCUAAUAGUCAGGUACAGAUGACCCAAGUUUCUGGAAACUGUCAAAAUGUUGUUCCUGGAAUUCAACAGCAGCAGAGUUCUAUGGGUUUUCAUCAAUCCGACAUAGAGCUGGACUCCAUGUCGGGAGGACUAGCUAAUGCCGGUAGUAGUCAAUUAGCAGACGCGGCGCUCCUUGAAUGCCUUGCUGAGGUAACACAGACCAACGAUGAUCAUCAUACACUUGAAGACAAUGAAAGUAUGUCGGGGACAAGUGCUGUAGCUAUUGAUAACAAGAUUGAACAAGCCAUGGAUUUGGUCAAGAGUCAUCUAAUGUUUGCUGUGAGAGAAGAAGUUGAAGUGCUGAAAGAAAAAAUAGCCGAGCUAAUGGAUCGUAUAAAUCAGCUCGAGGCUGAAAAUUCAAUUUUAAGAGCACACGCGACACCCGAAACACUAGCUCAAUUGAGCCAAUCGACAACCAAAUUACCCCAAAAUAAUUCAGCAAGUGGUCAAUAGGUAAUCAUCCGAUGUAAAUAAUAUAAGUUUCUAUCAA